AUGGCGCUCGGUACUGACGAGCCACUGGCAUUCGUUUCGGCCAUACCCGACAGCACGGUUGAUACGAAAUACUGGUGGAGGUCUAAGAAUCUUAGGGCCCUGAAUCUCCUACUUGUUUUUCCUAUGCUUUCCAUCUUCACCCAGGGUUUUGACGGGUCAAUGAUGAACGGUCUCCAAUCUGUUGAGAACUGGCGAAACUAUUUUGGAGAACCCAAAGGCGCUACACUUGGGCUUUUCAACGCCGCCUACCCGAUUGGCGGGCUCUGCGCCAUCCCCUUCAUCUCCAUCAUCAGCGAUACCUUUGGCCGCAGGGCUGGUCUUGCAUGCGGUGCCUCUCUCUGCAUCUUGGGCGCCACGCUUCAAGCCGCUGCCCAGAGCCUUCCCAUGUUUGUCGUGGCUCGUGGCAUUCUUGGAUGUGGUACUGUGUUUUUGGGUUCCUCCGGAGCCCCUUUGAUCACAGAGAUAGCCCAUCCUGCUCACAGAGCCACUGCAACCGCUUUGUUCAACACAUCCUACUCUCUUGGGGCCAUCGUCGCUGCAUGGACUACGUUCGGUACAUUUCGCAUUGAAUCUACCGCGUCAUGGCGUAUCCCUUCUGGGCUUCAGGGCCUACCGUCAAUCAUCCAACUUCUCGGUCUUUACUUUGUUCCGGAAAGUCCUCGUUGGCUCGCUUCCAAGGAUCGCAACGAGGAGGCUCUGGCGUUCUUGGCCAAGUACCAUGCGGAAGGCAACGAGCAUGACGCCCUUGUCCAAUUCGAAUACGAUGAGAUUCGAAGUGCUCUGGCUUACGAACGCACAGUCGAUCGCGGCAGCUGGCUCCAGAACUAUUUGGAGCUGGUCCGUACACCUGGAAACCGCAAGCGCAUGUUCAUCCUUCUUUGGACGUCAUGUAUUGCUCAGAUGUCCGGGAACGCCUUCAUCUCAUACUAUCUAUCGCCGGUGCUCACUUCUGUUGGCUUGACAUCUUCUCUCGAGCAAACUCUCAUCAACGCUACACAGCAGGUUCUUUCUUGGAUUUCUGCCAUGUACUUUGCAACCUUGCCUGAGAAACUUGGCCGCAAGAUGCUUUUCCUCGGCUCUUUGACUGCCAUCUUUGUCUGCUUGGUUAGUAUCACGGCUGGCAGUGCUGUUUUCGCGAAAAAUGGCUCCAACAAAGCUGCUGGAGGGGCUGUAGUGGCCUUUCUCUAUCUUUUCUCCCCUUCUUACAACCUCGGUCUCAACGGCAACUUGGUACUUUACAUCACUGAAAUUCUCCCAUACAGCCUCCGCAUGCGCGGCCAAGCUUGUUUUCAGUUCUUCUCGACCUGUUUUACUCUCAUCUCGACGUACGCUGUUCCUGUUGGCCUAGAGAGCAUGGCGUGGAAGUUUUACAUCAUAUUCAUUCCCUGGGUUGUAGUAGAGUUCGCGGUGUUGUAUUUCGUUUACCCCGAGACUAAAGGUCCAUCUUUGGAGGAAAUUGCAAUCAUAUUCGAUGGUGUAAGUACCAGUCGCACGGGGAGCUCUGGUAAAGAUGGGAUUCUGCAUGUGGAGCUUGAAAAGUCCGACCCAGCGGAUCAGGUCUAA